AUGAAUCAAGAUCCAACACAACCUAUUGAACCUUUUCUCAAAAACUUUUUAUCAUCAUUAGAUGCUCUAUACAUUUCGCCAAAUCAAACAUUUACAAAUGUCGAAUCUUACGCUACACAAUUCGGUUCUUCGCUAAAACGAUCGAGUGCUAUUAUUGUAAAUGGUCAGCCGAUUAUUCCUAGCCCAACAGAGGAUGCCAAGUUACAGUUUCAAAAGAAAUGGUUGGCAACACCAAACUCAUCUCAUCAAUUAACCAGCUAUGAUGCUCAUUUAAUUCCAGGCACAAACACAUUCAUCAUAAAUUUUGCUGCUAAAGUGAAAUUCGACCAGAGCGGGAAAAACAGGUUGGGCGAAUCAGCCGAUUUGGUCCAGGACAACAAUAAUUUGGCCAAAUCAACAAGACCAAUCUGGGGCUCAUGGUUUGGAGUCAAUGGCAAUGUCGUUGUGGAUAAUAACUUUGCCGGUAAUGGUGAAAUAAUCGAUAGUUUAGACUACAGAUUCACUUAUGUGCCGAAGGAUUCCGUGAUGAAGGUAUUGUAA